AGGAGCAUGCGCAGGACUGCUACCGGCCGCUAUCGCUAUGGUAGCGGCGUCUUCGUGGGCCCCGCCACCGCGCUCCUGCCCAGGCGCGGCUGCCUCAACAGCUGCCCCUCCUGCCGCCUCUCGGGCAUGAACCGAGCCUUCUGCUGCCUCCCGCUGCCCUACCCGCCGUUGCUCCUGCAUCCCGACUCUGGGCCCCCGCUGGGAACAUGCCUCUGGCUUCCUACUGCUACCUGCGGGUCGUGGGCAAGGGAAGCUACGGAGAGGUGACACUUGUGAAGCACCGGCGGGACGGCAAGCAGUACGUCAUCAAAAAACUGAACCUCCGAAAUGCCUCUAGCCGAGAGCGGCAAGCUGCUGAACAGGAAGCCCAGCUCUUGUCUCAGCUGAAGCAUCCCAACAUUGUCACCUACAAGGAGUCAUGGGAGGGAGGAGACGGUCUACUCUACAUUGUCAUGGGCUUCUGUGAAGGAGGUGACCUGUACCGAAAGCUCAAGGAACAGAAAGGGCAGCUUCUGCCUGAGAAUCAGGUGGUAGAGUGGUUUGUACAGAUCGCCAUGGCUUUACAGUAUUUACAUGAAAAACACAUCCUUCAUCGAGAUCUGAAAACUCAAAAUGUCUUCCUAACAAGAACAAACAUAAUCAAAGUGGGGGACCUAGGAAUUGCCCGAGUGUUAGAGAACCACUGUGACAUGGCUAGCACCCUCAUUGGCACACCCUACUACAUGAGCCCUGAAUUGUUCUCAAACAAACCCUACAACUAUAAGUCUGACGUUUGGGCUCUAGGAUGCUGUGUCUACGAAAUGGCUACCCUGAAGCAUGCUUUCAAUGCGAAAGAUAUGAAUUCUUUAGUUUAUCGGAUUAUUGAAGGAAAGCUGCCACCAAUGCCAAGAGAUUAUAGCCCAGAGCUGGCAGAACUGAUAAGAACAAUGCUGAGCAAAAGGCCUGAAGAAAGGCCGUCUGUGAGGAGCAUCCUGAGGCAGCCUUAUAUCAAGCGCCAAAUCUCCUCCUUUUUGGAGGCCACAAAGAUAAAAACCUCCAAAAAUAACAUUAAAAAUGGUGACUCUAAAUCCAAGCCUGUUGCUACAGUGGUUUCCAGAAAGGCAGAAUCAAAUCAUGAAGUAAUCCACCCCCAACCAUACUCUUCUGAGGGUUCCCAGACAUAUAUAAUGGUUGAAGGCAAAUGUUUGUCUGAGGAGAAACCCAGGGUCUCUGGUCCCUUGAAGUCACCUGCCAGCCUGAAAGCCCAUACCUGCAAACAGGACUUGAGCAAUACCACAGAACUAGCUACAAUCAGUAGGGUAAAUAUUGACAUCUUACCUGCAAAAGGGAAGGUCUCAUUGAGCGAUGGCUUUGUUCAGGAGAAUCAGCCAACACACUUGGAUGCCUCUAAUGAGUUAGGAGGUAAAUGCAGUAUUUCUCAAGUGGAAGAGGAGAUGCCUCAGAACAACACUAAAUCCAGUGCUCAGCCUGAAAACCUGAUUCCUGUGUGGUCCUCUGACAUCAUUGGGGAAAAGAAUGAACCAUUGAAGCCUCUGCAGCCCCUAAUCAAAGAACAAAAGCCAAAGGACCGGGAUCAAGUUGCUGGUGAAUGUAUUAUAGAAAAACAGGGCAGAAUCCACCCAGAUUUACAGCCACGCAGCUCUGGAUCUGAACCUUCCCUGUCUCGACAGCGACGGCAAAAGAAGAGAGAACAGACUGAGCACAGAGGGGAAAAGAGACAGGUUGGCAGAGAUCUCUAUGCUUUCCAAGAGUCGCCUCCUCAAAUUUUGCCCUCUCAUCCCAUCGUUGGAAAAGCGAAUAUCACAUCAACACAAAGAGAUGCUGAAAACCAAUGUAGAGUGAUCACUGGGUCUGUGAGCAGUUCAAGGAGCAGCGAGAUGUUAUCAUCAAAGGAUCGACCAUUAUCAGCCAGAGAGAGGAGGCGACUAAAGCAGUCACAGGAAGAAAUGUUCUCUUCAGGCCCUUCAGUGAGGAAAGCUUCUCCGAGUGUAGCAGGGCCAGGGAAACCCCAGGAGGAAGACCAGCCCAUGCCUGCCCGACGGCUCUCUUCUGACUGCAGCGUCACUCAGGAAAGGAAACUGAUUCAUUGUCUCUCUGAAGAUGAGUUAAGUUCUUCUACAAGUUCAACUGAUAAGUCAGAUGGGGAUUCCAAGGAAGGGAAAGAUCAGGCAAAUGAAAUUAAUGCCUUGGUACAAUUGAUGACUCAGACCCUGAAACUGGAUUCUAAAGAGAGCUGUGAAGAUCUCCUAGUAGCAAAUCCCGUGUCAGAAUUCAGACUUCAUCGGAAAUUUCGGGACACACUGAUGCUUCAUGGGAAAGUUGCAGAAGAGGCAGAGGAACUCCAUUUUAAAGAGCUACCUUCAGCUAUCGUGCCAGGUUCUGAAAAGAUCAGGAGACUAGUUGAAGUCUUGAGAGCUGAUGUAAUUCGGGGCCUGGGAGUUCAGCUUUUAGAGCAGGUGUAUGAUCUUUUGGAAGAGGAGGAUGAAUUCGAGAGAGAGGUACGUUUGCAGGAGCACAUGGGUGAAAAGUAUACAGCUUACAGUGUGAAAGCUCGCCAGUUGAAAUUUUUUGAAGAAAACAUGAAUUUUUGAGCAUUUGUCCUAAUCUGCUGCCAAAAUUAAAGACCUAUUUUCAGAGGUUUUUGACUUAAAAAGCAAGGGCGAACAGUUAUUUGGAGGCCAUUCGCCACUGUUUUAUAUCUCUUUGGGGUUUUCUUACAGAAAAGAAAUUGGACAGAACAGAGUAAUAUGAAGCAGGAUCACAAAAGAAAAAACACCUUUGGCUUUCAUAUUCUAUUUAUGAGGACACAUCUGUUGUUUGUUUGAUUACUGUUUACUGAGCCUUAAACCAAGUUUAUAGCUACAAUUUUAUUUUUCUAAGGUACUAAUUAGCUUAAACACAGGGCUAUAAAGUACUGGAUUGAAAAUUUUAUAUUGUAAUAUAUAGAUGAAAGUGAUAGGAGAAACAGAUUACUUAUGUCCAGUCAUUAUACCUGCUAUUCUUUAUAACCUUAGUGAGUAGUUGAUAAAUUAUAAAAUUUUUUAAAGUCAAAUCACAGUUCUGGAAAUACAUUUAAAGAAUAUGAAGUUCUAGCUAGUACCUGAGCAACUGAAUUUCUUUUCUACACAUUGAUGGACUUUUAAUAUUUUAUUUUCAUUUAAUGUAAACCUCAUUUAGAGUAUAUACAAAUUAAAACUGAGACACAUUGGCUUUGUAAAUCAGUAUGUUUUUACAUAAUGGUUUUGUUAGAUUUAUUUUUCCAUCAGUGAAAAAACAUUUCUUAAACACAAAUUUCAUUUCCAUUUAAGCAAUUUGUAAGCAAAGUCCAGGUCCGCUUAGUUUUUGGAUAUAUUUAAUGCUUGUCUCUGAAGUUUGUCUUCAUCUGCUUUAAGAUACUGUCUUUCCAUGUUUUAAAUGUAUGAUUAUAUAUCACAUACUAGUUGUUUAAUAAGAGGUAAUACCCAUCUAGGAAAGGAAUUUUAUAAAGUUAAAUACAAGUCUUGAAUAGUACAUUCAAGGGAUACCAAAAAUAAAUAUUGCCCC